CACCAUUCCUUUCCCAAACUUACUCGCAAACCCACUGAUUUUUCACUUGUGAUCUUCUUUCUCUCUCCCUCUCUCUAGAAACCCAAGUAAUCAAAGGCACAAAAGAUACCAGCUUUUUAGAGAAAUGGCUUCUGUUUCUGUACCUGCAGCUGGCGGCAGUGCUUCUACUGCAAGUGCUUCUCAUCACCACCCGCCUCCUUUUUACUUCGACGAGAAGUGGAAGCUGUCGAAGAAAGGAGGGUUGUCGAGAUCGAGCCGUUCAUCAUCUUCCAUUCAUCUGAUGAAGAAUUCAUCGCAGUCCAAUCGACGGUGCGCGUUUUCCAGAAAGUGUGCGAGGUUGGUGAAGGAGCAGAGAGCUCGGUUCUACAUCGUGAGGCGCUGCGUCACCAUGCUCAUCUGCUGGCACGACUACAGCGAUUCAUAAACUGAAAAAAAAAACAGAGGAGAGAGAAAGUUGCAAUCUUUUGCCUCUGUUUUUGUUAGAUCUUUUUGGGGUUUGAUUGCUGCAGAAAAACCCAGUUCACAAUCAGCUUUUGUUCUUGAGGAAAGAGCACGAGGAGAAAGAUUUAUACUUGUACAUAAAAUUUUGCUCUGUUUUUAUUUGUAUUUGUAAUGGGGGUUAAGAAUUUAGAUUUUGAAUUUUCUUUUUUUGGGCCUCUGAAUCUCCAGACAAAGGAGAUGAGAUGGGUUCUUGAUGUUAAUUUCACUGCUACUAUCUGAGAAUUAUGAGAAAUAUUUCAAUGAAAAUAGAGCUAUUGAGGUCUAA